AUGGCUUCACUUAUCACCACCAUGUUCGUGCCCUUCAGACCCUUUACUCCUGCUGCUUCUACUUCUUCCUCAUCUACUUCUUCGUCUGCCCCGCCACCACACCAACCCUCCGCCCUCACCCCGUCAAUCUCAUGCAGCACCAUCCAUACUUUUCGUGGUCCACUUUCGGAGCCACCGUCUUACUUGUCUCCUGCUGUUCGCGCGCUCAAGCAGAAUCUGUGUGGACUGACGCCUCCCAGCAAUGCGCGAACCAGGGCACCGUUUAAGCCCCGGUCGGCGGCCAAGGGCACGAGCAGUUAUCAGCUGAGACAGUUCGCAGAGGCGACUUUGGGGAGCGGGAGCUUGAGGAAGGCUGUGAAGCUACCUGAGGGCGAGGAUCUGAAUGAGUGGCUUGCAGUCAAUGUGGUCGACUUUUACAAUCAGAUCAACCUCCUCUACGGCGCCAUCACAGAGUUCUGCUCCCCGCAAUCGUGUCCGGAGAUGAAAGCCACCGAUGAGUUCGAGUAUCUCUGGCAAGACUCGGAGAAUUUCAAGCGACCGACCAAGAUGUCGGCGCCAGAGUACAUCGAACACCUGAUGAGCUGGGUUCAGAGUAAUAUCGACAACGAACAGAUGUUCCCAAGCAGGCUUGGUAUGACACCGGUUUUGUCUUACUCUCAAGGACUGCGACGGGGUGUGCUGACGAGCAUGACAGGUGUCCCCUUCCCCAAAGCAUUCUCAAGUUUGAUUCGCCAGAUUUUCAAGCGACUUUAUCGAGUAUAUGCACACAUCUACUGCCACCACUACCCUGUGGUUGUGCACUUGGGACUCGAGCCCCAUCUCAAUACCAGUUUCAAACACUAUGUUCUAUUCGUUGAUGAACAUCGGCUGGCGACUGGGAAGGAUUAUUGGGGUCCUCUUGGGGAUCUAGUCGACAGCAUGUUGCGGAGUGACUGA